AUGGUGACAGUCUUUGGUUUUGGAAAGGCUGUACCACUGGUGUUCCUUCCCUGGGUUUCAGCGGUUUCAGCUUCUUCAUUUGUUCACUUGAUCCCACAAGUGCCUUGGCAAGCGUUGCCAAGUCUAGACGUUGGCCUAGAGCGUGCUGCUCGAGCAGAAUAUGAGAUGGGUGUCCAAGCAUGGAACCUGCGACAAGCAGAACAAGGCUUGGAACUAUUUCUCAAGAGUGCCCAAAAGGGUCACGAAGUUGGAGAAUAUUGUUUUCGCUACGGCAUGUACCAUGAAUUUCCACCCUCAGAUAUGCAACAAGCCUUCCGCUGGUACAAGCGCGGAGCGCGGAUGAAUCACAAGGGCUCCACCACGAUGCUGGGGAAGCUCCACAUGGCGGCGGGGCAUCGGGACGAAGCCAUGCACUUUCUGCAACGGACAGGGCUUCCCAACACUGGCCGAUUGAUUCCGGGGAUGGACGAGCCCUUCAGGAGUCUGUCUGUGGAGGACCUCGCAGGGAAGGGCCACGGCGGCGAACGCGGGGACUCUUUGGCCCAGUGGUUCUUGGGUGAGCUCUUCCUACAAUCUGCCAAGCUCCGCGACGCGGUGAAGUGGUGGAAACGCUCCGCGGAGAACGGGGACAGCGAUGCCAUGAUGCGGCUGUCGCAGGUCUUUCGAGAGGGUGCCAUUGGAGUUCCGCAGGAGCCUAUGCUGGCGCGGCACUGGCUCUUUGCGGCGGCGGCGCAUGGUCAUAAAGAUGCACUGGAUCAUGUGAAUUGGGCUGGUGCAAAGAUUGGAAUGGUCUGGAAUCGUCCGGACUACGAAAACGAAUGUGUUUUGACACGUUUGCCACUUCGGGCGCGGCAGCGCCACGACAGCAACAUCUGGCAACUGAGGAGCUCGGAAGGCUCUGCUGCCUUCUUCCUGAAGGAUGCAGCAGACAGCUGGGAGAUGGAGGACCACGAGGCGCCUCCCCGUGACAAAGAGGCUGAAGCGCUUGAGCGCCGCAAGUGGGAGGAGGAGGAGGCACGUCUGGAGCGCCGUGCCGCCCAGCAUGCGGCCCGUGCCGAAGCGGAGCGCCGCAGGGCUUAUCUGGAGAUGCUGGAGAGUGAACGCGUCGUAGCCAGGUUUUUGAAGCAGCACGGGUUUGGAGGAGUCAAUUGCCCCAAGCGUAACAUGCUGGGCCGCCACUUGUACCCGCUGCACAAAGCAUCCGACAUGGGAAAUGCCAGGCUGGUGCGCAUGCUCUUGCGCGAAGGUGCCAUUCCGCCUCUUGGUGGCGCCAUGGGGCACCAGGGGUCAUGGGAGGUGAAGGGCUCGACAGAUUCAUAG